AUGAACGCUCAAUCGGUGCGCAAUAAGACAGCUGAUUUUGUAGAUUAUGUCUGUGAACGUAAAUAUGAUUUGGUUGCGAUUAUCGAGACGUGGCUUCAGCCUCGUGAUGCUGCGCUAAGAACGGAACUGUGUCCUCCUGGUCACAAGUUUAUUGACUUUCCACGACAAGAACGGAUAGGUGGAGGCAUUGGACUACUGUAUAAAGAUUCAUUUCGUGUCAAAAAGACUCGAGACGGAAUUCAAGAAUCGUUUGAAUUUUGUGAGUUGUUGGUCCAAACGUCGACCUCCGGAGCGAUACGGCUUGUGAUCGUCUACCGUCCACAGAAUUCUGAUAACCACCACAGGAUUCCUAUUAACACCUUUCUGAUGGAGUUUUCUGACCUGAUGGAGUCCACUAUUCUAUAUAAAGAGCCUUUGAUUGUCGUUGGUGACUUCAACAUACACGUGGAUGUUCCUAUUGAUACUGAUGCACUUAAGUUUUUAGAACUGCUUGAGUCACUUGGUUUGGAGCAACAUGUGACAGAGCCAACGCACGUACAUGGCCACACCCUGGAUCUUGUUCUAACAAGAAAGAUUGAGGAUAUUCUUACGAGUCCACCACGCGCCUGUCAUUAUUUCUCCGAUCAUGCAGCUGUACAUUGUGUUGUUACCAUCAGUAAGCCUUCAUUUCAGACUAAGAUAAUAAAGUUUAGGAAAACUAAAUCCCAGGAAGCUGAGAGCCCAUCGAAUGAUGUAGUACCAACAGGGCUGUGUGAUCGAGGUAUUAUCAAUCCUAGCACCCCACUGGACUUGGACUUACUUGUAAAGGAUUACAAGACCACACUCUCUCAAGUUCUUCAUCGUCAUGCACCUUUAAAAACCAAAACAGUGAGGGCCAGGACCAAGGUACCUUGGUACACCAGUGAGAUAGCUGAGGGAAAAAGGCAACGCCGGAAAGCAGAACGGAGAUCACAGGAAGAUUUGUUGGCAUUCAAGAAACUUAAGAACCACGUCACUUAUAUAAGCACACGGGCUAAGCGUCCUUUCUACUCAGACUUCGUUAACGACAAUAUUCAAGACCAAGCAAAGCGAUUCAGGGCUACUCGAUCAUUGUUACUUCCGAGGAACGAGUUGUGUUUUCCAGAAUACACGGACAAUUCAAUCUUAGGCAAUGAAAUUGGGCGGUUUUUUUGA